GUGCACAGCCACUGAACCGGUUCAAGGCUUCCACAGAAGCUCCUCCUAUUGUGACGCCCCUGAGGCAGUAAGAAUAUUUAAGAAAAAAGUAACCUCUCUUUAGAGCUGAUCUGUUCAGAGAGUGAUUGAUUUCAGAACUUAGAGGGUUUCAAGUUUCACAGAGAUGAACUUAGACAAUGACUGCAGCAUGUCAGUCAGUUGUGGCAAUGGGAAACUUAGACAAUGGCUGAUUGAUCAGGUUGACAACGGAAAGUACCCCGGAUUGGUUUGGGAGAAUGACGAAAAAACAAUUUUCAGGAUCCCCUGGAAGCACGCGGGAAAACAGGACUAUAACCGAGAAGAGGACGCCGCGCUCUUCAAGGCAUGGGCACUGUUCAAAGGAAAGUAUAGGGAGGGGGUUGACAAGCCGGACCCCCCAACGUGGAAAACCCGGCUACGAUGUGCGCUGAACAAAAGCAAUGACUUUGAGGAGCUGGUGGAGAGGAGCCAGCUGGACAUUUCUGAUCCGUACAAAGUUUACCGGAUCAUUCCCGAGGGCGCAAAGAAAGGGGGAAAACAGAUCAGCGUGGAGGAGCCCUCGGCGCACAUGAACACGCUGAGCUACUCCGUGCAUCCUUCCUAUCCUCCACUGCAGACCCAGGUUCCCAACUACGUGGUGCCCCAUGAGAGGAACUGGAGAGACUACACCCCCGAGCAGCCCCCCCUCCCGGACCUGCAGUAUGGCCAGUGCCCCUACCCACCCCGGACUCUACCCUGGCAGAGCCCGGGGCUGGAGAACGGGUACCAGAUAACCGGAUCCUUCUACGCGUGCUCGCCCACCGACUCCCAGCCCCCCGCCUUCUCCCUGGACCCCAGCAUGAGAUCGGCCGAGGCCAUGGCCCUGUCUGACUGCCGCCUGUACGUCUCCCUGUUCUACCACGAGAUGCUGGUCAAGGAAGUGACCACCACCAGCCCGGAGGGCUGCCGGAUCUCGUCCUGCCCGGAGGACAAGCCCUACGGCAGCGUGGACCACGUGGUCUUCCCCUUCCCUUACCCGCAGUCCCACAGGAAAGGGGUGGAGAAGCUGCCCAACGCGCUGGAGCGGGGCGUGAUGCUGUGGAUGACCCCGGACGGGCUGUACGCCAAGCGGCUGUGCCAGAGUCGGAUCUUCUGGGAGGGGCCGCUGGCCCCCUACGCCGACAAGCCCAACAAGCUGGAGAAGGAGCAGACCUGCAAGCUGUUCGACACUCAGCAGUUCCUCUCUGAGCUCCAGGGUUACGUGCACCACGGACGGCCCAUGCCCAGGUUCCAGGUGGUUCUGUGUUUUGGGGAUGAGUACCCCAACCCCCAGCGGCUAAGGAAGAUGAUCUCAGCCCAGGUGGAGCCCAUGUUCGCCAAACAGCUCCUCUACUUCACCCAGCAAACCAGCAGCCAUUUCCUCCGGGGCUACGACUUUCCAGAGCACAGCUUACCCCCGACGGAGGACUACCAGCGGAUCAUCCACCAGGAGUGACCUGCCUGCCCGUCACCCUGGCCCCCCCAGCCCUGGGGCUGAUGCUCCUCACCUCCCCACCCCAGGGAUGGCUCACCUUAACCCCCCCACCCCUGGGCCUGAUGCCCCUAACCUCGCCGCCCCUGGGGCAGGUCACCCUAGCCCCCCCAGCCCUGGGGCUGAUGCUCCUCACCUCCCCACCCCAGGGAUGGCUCACCUUAACCCCCCCACCCCUGGGCCUGAUGCCCCUAACCUCGCCACCCCUGGGGCAGGUCACCCUAACCCCCAGCCCUGGGGCGGGUCUGGUUCCGGGGACAAGGCCUGAACAUUGCUGAGGGGGGUUUUGGGGGCGGAGUCUCGUCCCACCACUAAAGCAAAGGUCUCCGACACCUGGGGAAAUACCUGGACUGAACCAACGGGGGCUCGGACCCUCACAGAAGCCGAACACAAACUCACUCUUGUCUGCGGAAAACGCGGAGAACGAGAUGCCAUCUCUCUCUCUCUCUCUCUCUCUGUCUGUCUGUCUGUCUCUCUUCCUCUCUUCCUGCCAUUCCUCUCUCUCUUUCCCUAGCAAUCUGCUAAAUUCUACUGUCAGACAAGUGUGAAUGGAAAUGUAGUUCCUCUCUCUCUCUCUCUCUCUCUCUCUCUCUCUCUCUCUCUCUCUCUCUAUCUCUCUCUCCUUCCGUCUGUUUCAAGUGUACUGUAGGAUCCAGAAAAACUCUGUCCCUCUCUCGAAUCUGCCACCAAUCAUUGUGUUGAACUCCUUUCUCAGCAGCCAGUCACUGAAGUACCCUCAGGUUAAAGGGGCGUCUGAGUUGUUUCUCCGUGUGUGUUACGUGUGUGUGUGUGUGAGUGUGACCCUCAGGGCCAGCCCUUUGUUGUGGAAUUGUGUAAAUACUGAACCUGAGAUUAUCUGCCUCUUUUUUGUCUACUAUCAGGAUCCAUGACUGACACCACGAGAGCCUCUUUUCUGAUACACAUAUGUGUGAAAAAAGCUAUGACUUGUAACCGUACGAACCAUGUAUUUUUAAUGAAUAAAUUUUACAAAAAAGGCUUAAA